AUGUGGACGCCGGCGAACAUUCCUAGUUCCGACUCCGAAGUCGAGAGCAUUACAAUUUCUAUUUCUAACGUGUCUCAUGAUGCACUAACCGCCAGCACUACCGCCAAUCCGUCAAGUCCUCCACUCGUUUGCCUAGUUCGUUUCGCCGGUGACUCAGCCUCCGGCGCGUUCAUGGGAUCCAUUUUCGGCUACGGUUCAGGAUUAAUUAAAAUGAAAGGUUUGAAAGGAUCAUUUGCUGAUGCACGGUCUUCUGCUAAGAGAUUGGCAGUUUUGUCUGGAGUUCGUAGGUUAGUUGUAUGCCUUUUGACGAGGUUGCGGGGAAAAGAUGAUGUCAUCAAUGCAGGAGUUGCGGGAUGUUGCACAGGUCUUGCUCUAAGUUUUCCAGGUGCCCCACAAGCUCUACUUCAAAGCUGUCUCAAAUUUGGAGCGUUCUCGUUUAUUAUUGAAAGUAUGAACAAGCAGCAGCCUGCACUUGCUUUGCCAGCUUCCUCGGGUGUCAAAAGAAGUCCCUUCGAUGUGCUGACUCCUUUGUCAAUCCCCCUUCCUAACGAACUUAAGGAGUCUUUUUCAUCUUUUUGCCAAACCCUGAGAAAAUGA